AUGCCAGUCUAUGAAGGUCCAAUUGAGCUCGACAUAGAUGUCCGUGGAGAAGCCUCCCCAAAGGAAGUUGUCCUAACAACUGCUAUGACUUUUAAGCCAUCAUGGGUGAUACUGGACGGGAAAAUGAGAAAAGACACAGACUAUCUCAUUGCAAGACUCUCAUGCGGUGUUUCGAUAGUGAGACGAAACAACACCUUGGAAAAGUUGAGAAAGCCAAAACCUCAAAAUCUUCAGGAACAACACAUCCCUGUUUCAAGUGAAUUGAUAGGAGGAGAUGGAUUUAAACAGCCAAAAACACAAAGUCCUCAGAAACAACAAAUAGAUGACCCAAGUGGUUUGGCAGGAGGAGAUGAACAGAAGCCAGAGAUCAGAAAUUACAUUUGUUCAAUCUGCAAUAACAGACGUCCAAAAAGCGGAUGGAAGAGAGAGUUCACUUACGCAGAACUUCAUGCUGUCACUGACGGAUUUUCUGCUAAUAACUGCCAAUCAGAAAAUGGGUUUGGAGUAGUCUUCAGGGGAGAGCUAAAUGGACUGAAGAUUGCUGUUAAGCAGCAGAAAAAUGCGAGUUUUCAGGGAGAUGAUAAAGAAUUCCAAUCCAUGGUUCAUAUGCUCAGUGAAGUUAGACACGAACAUGUGGUCACCUUAUUGGGUUCCUGUUCAGACGGAAACCACAGGUUUCUUGUUUACGAAUAUGUCUGCAACGGUUCGUUGGACCAACAUCUAUCGAGAAAUCCUGGUAUACUGCUCACGUGGGAUCAAAGGAUAAAAAUUGCGAUGGGAGCUGCCAAGGGCUUGAAGUAUCUGCAUGACAACAACAUUGUCCACCGAAAUUUGAGAUCCGGCAAUGUCCUCUUAACUCAUGAUUACGAAUCUCUGCUUGGAGAUUUUGGCCUUGAAAUGACUCUACAUGAGAACUCUGAUCUCCCAUCUGAGACGAGAAUUGCAACUAUACCAUACUUGGCUCCAGAAUACGCAAAUUCUGGUGAAGUGUCUCAAAAGACCGACUGUUAUUCCUUCGGUGUCAUACUAUUACAGCUGAUAACAGGAUUGAGGAGCACAGAUCCAUCAUUUGGAAAGCAUAGCAUUGUAGGAUGGGCAAAGCCAUUGCUAAGAGAAAAAAACUACCCAGAAUUGAUUGAACACAGCCUAACCGACUCUUACGAUGUCAAUCAACUCACUUGGGUGAUUCGAGUGGCAGUUAAGUGCCUAAAAAAGGACCCCAACAGGAGAAUAUCUAUGGACCAGGUACUUCAUGCAUUAACUUACAUGGUAGAAGGAAAAACACUUCCGGUUAUUAGGGACCAACCAUGA